GCACAGCACUGACAGCAGUGACAGCACAGCCUUUCUUAAGUUUGUGUUUGAACAUGGCGGUCGGGAAAAAUAAAGGCCUGUCGAAGGGCGGUAAAAAAGGUGUUAAGAAGAAGAUUGUCGACCCAUUCACUCGCAAAGAUUGGUACGAUGUCAAGGCCCCGUCUAUGUUCAGCAAGAGGCAAGUCGGCACCACGCUUGUCAACCGUACCCAGGGAACGAAAAUUGCUUCGGAAGGAUUGAAGGGAAGAGUUUUCGAAGUUUCCCUGGCUGAUCUACAAGCUGACACUGACGCGGAAAGGUCUUUCCGCAAAUUCAGAUUAAUCGCCGAAGAUGUGCAAGGACGUAAUGUACUCUGCAACUUCCACGGCAUGGACCUCACAACUGAUAAGCUCAGGUGGAUGGUUAAAAAAUGGCAGACUCUCAUCGAAGCCAACAUUGAUGUGAAGACAACCGAUGGAUACGUUCUACGUGUCUUCUGCAUUGGUUUCACCAAUAAGGACUCCUUGAGCCAACGCAAGACGUGCUACGCCCAGCACACUCAGGUCAGAGCAAUCAGAAAGAAAAUGUGUGAAAUCAUUACACGCGACGUCACUAACUCUGAACUCAGGGAGGUGGUGAACAAGUUGAUUCCUGACUCCAUUGCCAAGGACAUCGAGAAGGCCUGCCACGGCAUCUACCCUCUGCGCGAUGUUUGCAUCCGAAAGGUGAAAGUGUUGAAGAGGCCCCGUUUCGAGAUCUCGAAGUUGAUGGAACUUCACGGCGAAGGCGGUGGAGGCAAGCGGGAAGCCGGAGACAAGUCUGAACGGCCGGAGGGCUACGAGCCUCCCGUUCAAGAGAGUGUUUAAUUAAAUAAUGAAAACAAUGGA